AUGCGACGCGCGCGGUCCCCGUCGGCGCUGGACGCGCACCCCAGCGGCGUCUUCUUCCGCCUGCCGCUCGUGCUGCUCGUGGACUUCCUCGAGCUGCACGAGGCCAUCCACUUGCUCAACACGAGUCGCUGGCUGCGUCUCGACCGCGUGCUGACGGCCACAGCGCUCGAGAAGACGCGCUACGCACAGCAUUUCCACCAAAAGUGCGCCGCGGACUGGUGGCACUUGACGCCCAUGUGGAAAGCCGACGACCGCGUGGCGCUGAGCGAGUGGGACGAAAGCGACGACGCGGCUGCGGUCGCUACGCGGACUUCUGACCUCUGGGAGGACUGCCACGGGCGCGCGGCGGCCGGGAACGCGCUCGUGUACUGGCGGGACACGAUCCGCGACACGCCGCAGUGGCAGCACGUGCCGCUGCUGUCGAUCAUUGACUUUAUGGUGUCGAAGCUCUUGCCGCAGAGCUACAUCUCGUUCAAGUACGCCGCGACAGUGUACACGGCGAGGCCGGUGAUUGUCCGCCUGCAUCCGUCGUUCGAGCGACUGGACAGUCGCAGCAGCAACAACCGUAAUGACGAGCAAGGCAAUGAUAAGGACGAGGGGCUCAAGGACACGGAGGGAGGGCUUGAGGGGGCGUGCCAUCAAGACGUUGCGCGUCGCAUCAGUGAAGCUCUGGGGGCUCAGACCGGGACGGGCAAACUGACGUCUCUGUUUGGUUUGCAUUGGGAGAACAUGAACAUGGACGGCGAGACGGGCGAAGUGACGUGUGCAGUCUGUCAGCUGUAUGCCAACGAAGUCGAGCGGUACCAGAGCAAAGUGGCCGACAUGGUGAAGGAGUGGCGAGCAGCAGUGCAAGCCGAGCUGCCGGGGUGGAAAGCAAAGGGCAUGCAUCAGAUGGAGAUUGACCGUCGGACGUACGAGAUGCGGGAAGACAUGAUCCCGUACAAUGGCUUCUUUACAUCGAACGUCGCGCGACGCCAUGGAGACAUUAUCAUUCGUCACAUUUGCUCGUACUGGACGACGUUGGAUCAUUUGAGGAUCAACACGCUCGGGUACCGCGACGCCUCGCAGCUCGUUGCGGCGCUGACGUCGGAUAUUAGGAAACAGUGUCAGCGCUUUUCGAAGAUCAAGCAAGCGAUGACGAACGCGUUUCCGUGCGUCGCAAGAGUGCGCUACGAAGUGGACGAGCAGGAACCUUUUCCAUCAACAAAUCUGUGGCAGAACGCCGCUGUCACCGAGCUAGUGGCAGGUGUGUCGCAGUCGGGGUUCCUGUGCGGCAUGCUUUUCAUCGAGAAAAGAGUUUGA